CCCAAUCUUCCCAUAUCCAACUUGUGGCCAUGCACGCCGCUCCGAGCCACUACGGCGCUGUGUCCUUGGACAUCAAGAAGGCGCACGAGGCCAGCACCAAACACACGCGCUCGGCCGUGUCGCACUCGUUGAUCUUGCAGCAGGAAGCUGGGGAAGCUCGAUGUCUUCCCGAAGCAGCCUCGCAAAAGGUGCAGUUGGCUAUCACGUCGUCCAUUGUGAUCAACGUCCUCCUCGCCAUUGCCAAGACGUACGCUGCGGUGUCGAGUGGGUCACUUGCCGUGUUGUCGUCGCUCGUCGACUCGAUCUUGGACUUGACGUCGCAAGCGUUAUUCUGGUUCUCUGAUCGGUACAUGCACACCCCAAACGAAAAGUACCCUGCCGGGCGCCGCCGUUUGGAACCGAUUGCCGUCGUUGUCUCCGCCACGUUGAUGGGCAUGGCGUCCCUCGAGGUCGUGCAAAAGUCGGUAACUACCCUCAUUGAAGGUUUUGGCGGACAUCUUCCGGAGCUCGACAUGUCGAUUCUCACGAUUGCCGUCUUGGGAGUUGCGAUCACCGUCAAGCUGAUGUUAUGGUUCAUUUGUGGUCAAAUUGCAUACGUCUCUCCUUCCGCCGCUGCCCUCGCCCAGGAUCAUCGCAACGACGUGUUUUCCAACUUGGUGGCUGUGUCGACGUCGUUAAUGGCGCACUACUACAGCGGCCUAUGGUACUUCGAUCCGAUCGGUGCUAUCGCUAUCUCCAUCUACAUCACGCUGAGCUGGGUCGCGACCGGGAAGGAGCAAGUCGAGCGCCUGGUUGGCCUGCAGGCCGACGAGGACUUUAUCGAGCGCGUUCGAGCAAUUGCUGACGCCCACCAUCCCAAGCUCCAGUCCGACAUCAUCCGCGCGUACCAUUUUGGCAACAACUUCCUCGUGGAGCUCGAAGUCGUGCUGCCCAAAGACAUGAGCGUGCAAGAAUCGCACGACAUCAGUCUGGCGCUCCAGAUCAAGGUUGAGGCCCUCGAUGAAGUCGAACGCGCGUUUGUGCACGUGGACUACCAAAGCCGCGACUACGACGAGCACAAGGAUCCGACCGUCCGCCUCGACUAGAGUCGGCAUGGCGAGCAUGAAUUCACCAUACAAGACUGUCUCAGCUUCAGAGUUGCCUGGAAAGUACCGAGGUCGCGUAUUUAGGGUCUCCUUACGACCAAAACGCCUUGAAUAAGGGAAAUCAACCCCACCCCUAAGCAAAACGUUGAAGUUUCCCUAGGGUAUUUGACAAUGGAUUUCUCAAUUUAAUUGAAG